UACUUUUGGUCCCUCUCAUAAUCUUUGCCUACUAUCUGACCACACAGAACCGCUGUGGUUUUCUGCUGCUGCUCGUCUUCAAAUCAUGGGAUAGUGACAGCAUUUCUGCUUAGAUUUGGACGAUGACAAUGGAGCUCUUCAAUGUGCACUUUCCCUCUCAUCUCAUUUGAGGAUUACCACAGGAAUAGUGUGUCUGCAUGUGCUUGUGUAUGUGUCGGUCCAGCACUAUGCCUGCUUCUGAUGGUCUCGGGUCCUGCAGCAGGAGUGGAUCAUCAUGAGAGGGGGUCACCACCAGCGAGGGUGUGGGUGUCAGCACCUGUUCAGAAAACUGCUCAGCAAAUGUGGCUGCUGCAUUGUCCGAGUCAGAGCAGAGUCGUACUCUGUGGCGGGCAGUGACGGUAGUAUCACCCCAUCAGCGGGCCCUGUGCCCCACCACGCCUCAGGCAACUCCAGCCCCUGCUCACACUCCUCGUCUGGAGGAUCCCGGCACCCUGUCAGCGCUCUGAAGAAGUGGCUCACCAACCCCGUCCGCAAACUGAGCUCUGAUGCCAGAGGAGGAGCAGGAAAAGCUGAGAAGCAGAUGUGCAGGUCAGAUGGGAGACAGCCGCCAUUGCCUCUUUCCCACAAUGAGGCUCAGCUGAGGCCUCUGGAGCCACACACUAACUACAGCAUCCUCCCCUCUGGAGACACGAUGUGGAGAGACGGACUGUCAAGUCCAGCAGCUUCUUCUCCUACACAGCCGUCCUGUCAGAGCUAUGUGUCUUCCCUCCUGCAAGGCAGAGAAACACAGAGUCUGAGUCAAAAAUCCAGCAUCAACACUCUCCAGGGCGAAGACAGCUGCGCCGUGACUGAUGACUCAGGAAGUCAGUGGUCUGCCACAGUGGACAGUGAAGAGGAGAGAAACGUUGCCUUAGAGAAGAGCAUAUACGUGCUCACAGAGCUAAUAGAGACAGAGAGGUUGUACGUGGAAGAUCUUGGACUCAUAGUGCAGGGCUACAUGAACACCAUGGCCAAUCAGGGAGCUCCAGAGGACAUGAAGGGGAAGGACAGGAUUGUGUUCGGAAACAUCCACCAGAUCUAUGACUGGCAUAAAGAUUAUUUCCUGGGAGAGCUGGAGAAGUCUGUGGGUGAUCCAGACAGCCUGGCCCAGCUCUUCAUCAAACAUGAGCGGCGUCUUCACAUGUAUGUGGUUUACUGUCAGAACAAACCCAAGUCAGAGCACGUCGUCUCUGAGUACAUUGAGACCUACUUUGAGGAUCUCAGGCAGCAGUUGGGUCACAGGCUGCAGCUCAAUGACCUGCUCAUCAAACCUGUUCAGAGGAUCAUGAAGUAUCAGCUGCUGCUGAAGGACUUCCUGAAGUACUACAGUAAAGCAGGAAGGGAUGUUGAGGAGCUGCAGAGGGCUGUGGAGGUGAUGUGUUUUGUGCCAAAACGCUGCAAUGAUAUGAUGAAUGUCGGCAGGCUUCAAGGUUUCGAGGGUAAAAUCACAGCUCAGGGGAAGCUGCUCCAGCAGGACACCUUCUCCGUCAGCGAGCAGGAAAGUGGCUGCGUGUCCAGAGCCAGGGAGAGGCGGGUUUUCCUGUUUGAGCAGCUAGUCAUCUUCAGCGAGCCAAUCGAGAAGAAAAAAGGCUUCUUGUUGCCUGGAUACACUUUCAAAAACAGCAUCAAGGUCAGCUGUUUGGGUGUGGAGGAGCACACAGAAGAUGAUCUGUGCUGUCUGGUCCUGACCUCCCGGGGGAAUGACGGCAGCGUGGCACGCUUCAUCAUGCAGGCAUCGUCUCCAGAAAUACAGCUGGCUUGGUUCAGUGACGUGGUCCAGAUCUUGGAGAACCAGAGGAACUUUCUAAAUGCCCUUCAGUCCCCGAUAGAGUACCAGCGCAGAGAAAGCAAGUCAAACAGUCUGGGCAGAAACAUGAAGUCUCCAUCCGUGUCAGCAUCUGGCCUGAGACCUCAGAUGUCAGUAUCCAUGGACCGACGUCAGCAGCCCUGCCUGUUGUCUUACAACACCUCCCUGCCCUCUCUGCAUCCGCCCCAGCACAGCCCUGCCACCAAGGUGGUUUCCAACCCUUGUGCUGUGAGACCUCGAGCAGCUCACCUGCCGCUUUCCUCCCACGAGCAGCUUAGUUUGAGCUCAGAGGUGAGACUCGACCGUGGGAUCAAUGGUCUGGCUCCCUGCAGCCCACACAGCCUGCAGUGUGUGACUGCUAACUUACAGGCGACCAUGUUAAAGGCUGAGGGACGGAUUUAUUCAGCACAUCAACCAAACAACCUGGACCGGCUCACGGAGAGCGAGCAGUGACACCCUGUGAUGACGCAUGAACUCACUUUGUCUCGACUGAGCUGCCGAGUUCUUUGUCAGCAUUAUUCGACUCUUUCACUCCUGUACAGAAGUCAUCAAGGUGUCAGCGUCCUCACAUCAUGUCCCACAUUUCCUUCCAUGCAGGCUUUUCUUCAGAUACAACUGUGUUGCAGGCUGAUCUGGAUCUAAAUAGGCUUUUGUCCAUUCUGCACACCAUGCAUAUACACAUCUGCAGAUGAUGACAUGAGAUGAAAUGUGAAAAUAUAGUUCUGAAGCACCACAGACUCUCUACUUCUUUGUUUAUGUAUCAUUUUCUUACAUUUUUCCUCCAUGAUUAUUUUUGUAAUAGAUAAUAUUUUUCAUAAAGGACCAAAUCCACUUCAUUCUCCCACAGAACUGUGCUCACAGUCAUGCUCUGUGUCCUCAAAUGACUGUUUCAUUGAAUUCACUGGGCGACCGUAGAUUCCAGCCUCACUGUGGGAUCUGAAUCCAUGUGAGUUGUUUUGUGUGUCUGUGAACUCCUUCAACAUAAAAAAAUAGCUUGUGUUUCCCCAUUGGUGAGCUAUUUAAAUCUGGCUAUUGUUAGAGCGCUAUCUGCACUCAACACACACGCAUCACACAAAGCGUGUCAAAAUCAAGCAGAAAGAAAAAAAAGGGAACAAAGUUAAAACGGAGGUGCUCAUAAGUCACUGUCGUCUUGUAUGUAAAUACUCUCAUGUCAGUUCAAUUGUGACUUGCUAUGUCCUGAUACGCAGAAAUAAAAAGACAUGCUGUUCAGAUAAGAUA